AAAACGUCGUUUCCUUCCUUGAAAGGGAAAAAGGGAUUGCAGUUGCACACGUUAUCCCUCCUUCCUCAACUACUUCCUCCACCAAAGAAAGCAAACCCUAGCCUCCACCAAUCGUUGUCGCCGUCUGUCGGAGUGAGAGACUGCGGCGCCGUCCGUCGUACUCAAGAACUUCCGUCUUCGUGCUCUCGGGCCUCUCGCCGGAUCCUCCGCGUCGUGUGCUCGCAUCUCGCCUCUCUCCUCUGUGCUCGGCUGCUCGCGCCUCCCUCCGCCAGUGAGUGCUCGAGCUGUGCGUGUUGGUUGCUGCGCGUCGUGUUGGCUUUGCUCGAUUCUGCCUCCCAGUCUCACUCGAGUCUCGUCUCAGUCACUGGCAUCUCGUGGUUCGUCUGUCUCGUCGCCGGCGGCAGAAGCAACUCGUGGGGUUGUCUCUUGCUUCGUCGCCUUCCGUGGGGUGGUAGCCGACUCGCCGUCGACCGUUGCAAGGAUAUUGCAAAGGUGAAGGAUGAUCAGGAAUGGGAAAUAACUGAAGUAAGAAAAGCAUUGUCUAGACUUGGACCAGUAGAUGCAUACAAUCCAAAAACCAUCUCAUUGGAGGAUGAGCUCAAGGCCUUGCAACAAAAGGUGAACAUUGACAAUUACGAGUACAAGAAAAUUCCUAAACCGAAUGAGGGCAAGUGAGAUUAGAUGAUAGCUGUGAACUUUAAACAACUUCCAAACUUCUCUUGUAUCAAGCAUAGAACCAAUUUUAUGGGGUCAAAGAGUCGGUUCUUACUUACAAGUAGGGAAGCUGUUAUUGCCACUUAGUGUUUUGACUAUGGAAGAUGAAGUUGAGAUUAAUUGUACGAGUCUCUUUUUUUAAUGGGAUUUUUAAGUACAGAAUUUAAAGCACAUCCUAAGUGUGUGUUACUGUGUUAGAUUCUACUUUAAUAAGAGUGUAUAUGUCUUUUCAUAUUUGGGUUGGUCAAUAUUAAUCAUUUCUUCAAUUUAUGCGCAUUGGACGCAGUAACUAUAAUGCUUAUUAGGCCAUUCCAUUUUUGCA